AUGGGAUUUAUUUCGCAUGUUUUUGCAGUCCAAUUGCUUAUGUUAAUAAUAACUGUAAUAAAUUCAUAUAUUUUACCACAUGAAGCCUUCAACCGCGAUACGAAAAACGUAACACAGCUUGUGAAAGAUCAAGAAUUGUUUAAUAGAACACGCAGAACAGCUGCCACAACAGAUAAAAAUCGUCUUUGGGAUAAGGGUAUCAUUCCCUAUGAAUUCGACAAUAUUUUUACUGAAUCACAACAGAGAUUAAUAAGAGAAGCAAUGCGUGAGUGGGAGAGAUCAACUUGCAUAACAUUUGUUAAAAGAAUCCCGAAAGUCCAUACAAAGUUUUUACAUUUUACUGAACUAGAUUGCGGAUGUUGUUUUACGUUUUUACCGCAUUUUCCAAAAAUAAAACUAAUUAGUUUACAAAAGGAGUGUGUCGACUUUCCAAUAAUUCUUCAUGAAUUGGGACACGCAAUUGGUUUUGAACAUGAACAUAAUCGUCCAGACCGUGAUAAAUAUGUUCAUAUCAUUGGUCAAAAUAUACAUCCAGGUAUUUAUACACUUGUUUAUGUUCAAAGUGACAGAUUUUGUUUUUCAAAUAAGACUGAAAAAACUCAUGAUUAG